AUGUUCAAGUCAUGGAGCAAGAAGAACAAGAUCAAAGCUGUGUUCAAAUUGGAAUUUCAGGCAACUCAGGUGCCAAAGAUGAAAAAGAAUUCAUUAAUGGUAUCUUUGGUGCCAGAUGAUGUCGGUAAGACAACAGUGAAACUAGAGAAAACUGCUGUUCAAGAUGGGACCUGCUCGUGGGAGAAUCCAAUUUUUGAACCAGUAAAACUUGUUAGGGAUGCAAAGUCAGGAAAAAUUCAUGAGAAAAUCUACCAUUUCAUUGUUUCAACCGGAUCUUCAAAAUCUGGCUUUCUUGGUGAAGCCUCAAUUGAUUUAGCUGAUUUUGUUGCAGAAAUUGAGCCAAUGACUAUUUCUCUACCCUUAAAGUUUGCCAAUUCAGGCAUAGUUUUACACGUGACUAUUCAGAACGUGGAAGGAUAUACUGCUGAAAGAAAUGGGGAAGAUAAUGGAGCUGAGGAACUUUGCAGUGAUAGAAGCUUGAAACACCAGCUGAGCUAUGGCAGUACGGAUCAUGAAAGUUAUAAUGUUGAUGAAAAUGAGCACAUGGCGAGGACCAGAUCUGAGUAUUCUGAACAAGAUGCAUCUAAUGGCAUCAGUCCUAGGGUAGCUUCAUGGGAGGAUCCUCAUAGCUUCAGACAAAAUUCAAUUCCAUCAAAAGGAACUGUUAAGGCCACUGCAACAGAAGUCCAAGUGCAUAAGAGGUCAAACACAAACUGGUCAAUCGGUUCAGCAUCAGAUGGAAGUUUAGGUGACUGGACUAACAGCCUGGAAGACAAUCCUCCCAGAGAAAGAUUACAAGAGCCUUCAAAUAAUUCCACUGAAGGCCUCAAGAAUGAAAUUGCUGCUUUGAAGAGGCAGGCAGAGGUGUCAGAAAUAGAGUUACAAUCACUUCGAAAGCAGGUAGAAAAAGAAAGCAGUAGGGGACAGAAUUUGUCAAGACAAAUAAUCAGCCUCAGAGAGGAGAGAGAUUUGCUCAAAACCAAAUAUGAACAACUCAAGUCCCAGCAGAAUUUCAAUAGUGAGACCAAAGCCUCCAAAACCCUGAAGUCUGAGAUUGAAGAUACUAAGCUUCAGUUAGAGGCAAUAAAGGAAGAGCUUGUUUAUGAAAAAGAAUUGAGUGUCAAUCUUCAGUUGCAACUGCGGAAGACACAAAACUCAAACUCUGAAUUACUUUUGGCUGUGACAGACCUUGAAACAAUGCUGGAACAAAAGGAUAAGGAAAUAUUGGAUCUAUCUACCAAUUUAAAAUCUCAGACGACUACUAAAGAGCGUAAUGAAGGCAUAGAAUUUGAUCUCUUGCGGCUAAAAAUUGCUGACCAGGAUGAUGAAAUAAACAAUUACUAUAAGCAACGCGAAGAGCUAAGUGAGCAAAUAAAAGAACUUACCUUGGAGUAUGAUCUACUUAAGAAGGAAAAUGUGGAUAUCUCUCUGAGGUUAAAGCAAGACGAAGCACGCCACAUCAUGUUACAAAAUGAACAUUCAUCUUCUUUAGUUACAAUACAAAAACUUGAAUCCCAAGUAGAGACAUUAGAAGAAAAGCUAAAGGUGCAGGAAGAUGAAUUUUCAGCAUCUCUGAUCUGCAUCAAGGAACUUGAAAAUGAAGUUAAGUCUAUGGAAAAUGAAUUGAAAAUACAGGCAGAGAAAUUUGAAGAAGGUCUGCAUGCAUUGCAGUGUGCAAAAACUGAGCAGGAAGAAAGGGCCAUUCAGGCAGAAGAAACCUUGAGAAAGACUAGACACAAUAAUGCUGUUGCAUCUGAGCAUUUUCAGGAGGAAUAUAGAUUGCUUUCUGUUGAAAUGGCACAAAAAGUUGAGGAGAAUGAAAAGAUGGCUGUGAAAGCAGUUGCAGAAGCUGACGAGUUGCGGCACCAGAACAAACUUAUAGAAGAAAUGCUCCAUAAAUGCAAUCAAGAGCUCAGGCUUAUCACAGAUCAGAAUGAAUUGAAAAUGAAACAGCUUUUGGACCAAAUAGACUUGAAAGCAAAAACAAUAGAACAGAUAUCACAAGAACUACAAGUUAAGUGUAAACAACUUGAGGAUGCACAAAGAAACAAUGAUGAAAAGGAUGCUUCAUUUUCCAAGCAAAUUCAAAUGCUCAGAUCUCAAAUCAAAAUGUUGAUGUCAGAUGGUGCAUUGUCUGAAAAAGAAAGGGAAGAUGCAUUUAGAGUUCAGAAAGGACAACCACUUAUGACGUCAAACGACGGGGAGAUGAUACUUGGCACUCUACUGUCGGAAGUAGAAACCUUUAAGAACCAGCAUAUUGAAAUAAAGCACAGUUUGCACAAAGAACAAGUGGAGAAAGAAAAUAUGAAGAAACAGAUAUCUCAAUUAGAAGGAGAGCUGAAGAAGAAGGAAACAGAGUUAAGUACUAUGGAAAAGAAGCUCAAGAAUAACAAAGGACGAGCUGCAGUUACACAUAUGAAUUUGACUUCAAGAGACAGUGAAUGUGCGGCUAAGGCACAUACCAAGAAGUCAAAAUCCGAAAUGCAUAAGGGAAAGGAUGCUGCAAGCAAGUCUGAAGCAGGAACAGUAGGCAAGUCAGCUGAGAGCAAAGUUUGUCAAGCUCCUGUAAGUGAGGAUGAGGGCCAUACAAAUGAAUUGUUGACUGAAGUUUCACUACUAAAGGAAAAGAACAAGACUAUGGAGAUUGAGCUGAAAGACAUGGAAGAAAGAUAUUCAGAGAUUAGUCUGAAAUUUGCUGAGGUAGAGGGAGAAAGACAACAGCUUGUAAUGGCUCUACGCAAUCUCAAGAAUGGGAAGAAGAACUAG